AUGGCCCCUCUCUGCACCCAACCCUCGGACGCGCCGCGCCACAAGGCGUACCCGCUCCCAACGAACUCGUGGCAGCGCCAAUACAUGGUCGCCCGUCCGCGGUCUGCUCCGCCUCCUCCGGCACCCGUUGCGCACACCACGCCGACAGCGCCGAUCGCGCCCUCGACGCCGGUCGCACCCACCACGGCGAUCGCGCCCACCACGGCGAUCGCGAACACCUCGCCCACCCGCUCUCCCAGCGCCUGGUCGGAUCCCGCGGCGAUACACGCGGCAGCGUUUCUCCUCCUCCUCCGCUCGCCGGACAGAGCCCUCCCCGCCGCAUUCCUCGAGGACAUCGACGCGCGUCUGUACAUCCGGGGCUACGACGUCGUCGCGGCGGACUUUGGCGCCCUGCCUCCCUUCAAGCACAUGAACCCGCGCAAGGCGCAGCACCUCCUCGGCGCGAUCCACGAUGCGUGGGCUGCGCUCGAUCCCGCCAAGCGGUGCGGCGCGUGCAAGUGCGCGUGCGUCGAGGAGAUGGAGGCGGAGGAGACGGUGGGCCGCGCUCUCGCGACCAAGAUGCAGGACGUAGUGGGGUGGAUGCAAUGA